AUGUCAGCUCCUCGCACCUUGCACCUUCCCAAUCUCCUAUUGGAUCCAUCCCCUGAUACAACCGAGAAAGUCUUACCAACAGUUAUCACCAUGUCACUUGCUGUUGUUACACUCAUCAUCUCGAUGUUCAUCCUCACCAACCGGUCAAAGCUGCCUUUGGCGAAUCCUCCAGCAUGGUUCCAACCUAUGCUUGUUAAGAGGAUAGAGUUUAUGAAAAGUGGCCCUAGCGUGCUUGACAUGGCUAGAAAGUCCUACGGCAAGCAGCCGUAUAGGCUGAUUAAUCACAUCGGCGAGAUUAUUGUUCUUCCACCGUCAUAUGCGAACACUAUUCGCAACGAGCCGCGCUUAAACUUUGGAGAAGCACUGAAUUACGAACUACCGAAUCGGUUGUCUGCUUUUGAUCCACUUUGUAUUCUCUCACACGAGAAGAAGAUCUUGCAGACAGUAGUGAAAAAGCAACUUACGAAGUUCUUGAAAUGGAAAGAGAUUACUGUUUCAGAUAGUGUUCUGUCCCUGGUGACUCGCUUGUCAAGCAAAGUCUUUCUUGGAGACGAGCUCUGCCGCAACGAAGAAUGGCUCCAACUCUCAAAAGAAUAUACAGUCUGUAGUUUCCAAGCCGCCAAGAAGAUGAACUACAUUCCUUCGAUACUAAAGCCGGUAUACGGCUUGUUUUCCAAGGAAGUCAAGAUUGUCGAACAGAAGCUCAACCAAGCGCGUGCACUGCUGAAGCCGAUUGUCGCAGAACGGAAUCGCUUAAAGCUUGAAGCUGCGAAAAAGUCCGAACCAGCUCUGAGGUAUAAUGACGCGCUUGAGUGGAUCGACGAGGAAAGCCAGGGCACCGCUGAUACUGCUGUGUUCCAAAUGUCUCUUUCGUUUGCAGCAAUCCAUACCACUUCGGAUUUGCUAGGCCAGACUAUGACGCGUAUCGCCAACGACCCCUCUCUAGCAGAGGACCUGCGAAAGGAAAUCGUUCAAGUUAUCAGCACCGAUGGUCUGACUAAGCUCGCUCUUGCUAAUCUAAAGCUUAUGGAUAGUACUAUGAAAGAGACACAGCGGAUCAACCCCAACACAAUCUUCGGUAUGAGAAGAAUGGCAAAGGAGAAAGUUGUCCUUCCUGACGGAACGGUUAUUCCAAAAGGGCAAUACGUCGCAGUCGACAUCGCGAACUUGUUCGAUCCUGAGCUCUACCCCGAACCCAACAAGUUCGACCCUUAUCGCUAUUACCGCAUGCGAAAAGACCCUAGUCUAGCCAUGAAAGCACAUCUCGUAUCGACUGGCGCUGAAAACAUAUCCUUUGGCCAUGGCCUGCAUGCGUGUCCCGGGCGCUUCUUUUCGGCAAACGAGAUGAAGAUUGCGCUUUGUCAUCUCUUACUUAAAUAUGACUGGACGUUGGCGGCUGGAGCGUCGUUGGAGCCGGUGCAUCUGUUUGCUGAUACGAUUGCGCUGGAUCCGAGGAACAAGCUGAGAUAUAGACGCCGUGAGGAGGAGCUGAAGCUAGAAUCGCUGGGCUUUGACGAGUAA